AUGGACACGUAUAAUUUCGAUGAGGACCUCAUCGAGGUGCCAAAAAGGGAUCCCACCCCCGAACCCGCAGACGACCGCGAGGUUAUAGAGUGUCUCUGGUGGACGCGGAGCGACUGGGAGAAACACUUGGAAGGCACAGAGUCCCUUGCCGGAGAUUCGAACCCUUUAUGGGACGAUUCGGUCAGCGUCGUUCCAUCAACGGAGCCAGACAGACUUUCAUUGUUUGGCGACGCAGAUGCGCCAGAGCUGGAGGACGAACCAGCACCGUUCGGAGUCGAAGGGGACCUGGAGUCUGAAUUUGAGGAUGACGAGGAUAGACCUAUUCAACUGCUGGCUCAUGAGAGCGACGCAGGUGAGGCCAGGAAGUCGAAAGCGUCGCCAGACUCGAGACGCGCGUCGACGUCUGGGACAGAGGGAAUGAGCUCGCUCACCUCAGGCUCUGUCGGAAGGAAGAUUCCUGCCGGCGGAAAAACUCUUAAUAUCCAUAGUCACGGCUCCAUCAGUUCAAGCGGCCGUGACAAACCUAUCAAGAGCGGCUCCGCCAAGGGUCAUCCGACCUCGCCAUCCAGGCAAAAGGUUGCUCAACCUCGCAAGCCCUCCCGAAAGGCCUCCAAGGCCACCGAAGAUGGAGUGGAGGAGAAGCAUUUGAGAAGACUCGAUGGGAUACGCGGAUCCCAUCGAGGUCCUUGA